AUGUCUCCACAACCGGAGCAAACGCCGUCUAUUCGUAUAGUACCCCACGUGGAGGGUCCUCGCUCGUUGCAAUUUGACAUCAUCGAACGAGAGGUGCCCGACGGUACAAACAUUAAAAUAGGAAGGUUUACUGAUAAAGCCAAUUUACCCAAUAGAGUAACAUUCAAGAGUAAAGUAGUUUCCAGAGGACACGCAGAAAUAUGGAGCGAAAGUGGAAAGUUUCUUAUUAGAGACACAAAAUCGUCCUCGGGUACUUUCCUUAAUCGUUCGCGUCUUUCAGCACCUGGUCAAGAGAGCAAACCAUACCCAUUGAAAGAUGGAGAUAUUGUUCAGCUUGGAGUUGAUUAUCAAGGCGGAACAGAAGAAAUAUAUCGAUGUGUGAAGAUGCGUAUAGAAUUAAAUCGAUCGUGGCAACACAAAGUUAAUGAAUUCAGUAUCAAUGCAAUGAAACAACUCAAAGCCCUAACUGGCCCGGAUGCCUUCAAACACCAAACACAAGACUGCUGCAUUUGUCUAUGCGGCAUCGGCCCAUGUCAAGCACUCUUCCUCGCUCCAUGCUCACACGUAUUCCAUUACAAAUGUAUACGGCCUCUUUUGUCGAACCAUCCCGCAUUUCUAUGUCCUCUAUGUCGAAGCUACGCUAAUCUAGACGCUGCUAUUGACAACUCGGUAGACUGGGAACAAGUCUUGGCAGAGCAUGAUGAGGACUCGAAGAAAUUGGGUGAAUCAAAAGAUGAAGAUAAUCAAAAAAGUGAAGAAAAGAUAGAAGAGACAGAAUCGACAAAUUCAGGAUCUAAUUCUGGGAUUCUUUCUUUUGACUCUAUCACAAUUAAUGGCAAAAGACUGAGUGAAUUAACCGGACCCGAGCGAACGGAACUAUUCAAAAUAUUACAAAAUCCAGACACUUCUUCACAAAAACUUAUAAACACUACAAACGCCACAGAAUCAAGCUCCACACCGACGCAUCCAAUAUCAUCCGCAUCAUACUCAACCUCGACUUCAACAACGCAAGCCGUUCCGAUUCCUUUCCGCCGUCAAACCGCAUCAUGUUUACCCGACGAAGAUCCAAAUCUCCUCCUAAGUCGCACGCUUCCGUCAUCGCCGAUGCAAUCAGUACUAAGUUAUUAUGAGGAUGAUUGCGGUCCAUCUGCUACCGCCCCCUCUCUUCGCGAACAGCAAAGCUCUCUGCGGUUAGACGAAAUUGCCGAAGAGGACGAGGACGGUAUCAAUUCGUUCUCAUUUCGGGGAGGAAAUGUUCGAUCGGAAGGAAGUGGAUCGGCGUCAGGACAGGACGCUGGUAGUUCUUCGGACGCUAUGAGCGAUGAUGGAGAGGAAAUUGUUGAAGCGGGACCGAGAUUUAGAAUUGUUUCUUGCCAACUUUUAAAGGGUGAUGAGGCGAUAGUACUAGGUGUGGGAGGGGAGCACGAGGAAAAAGAGCGAAAUGCAAUGUCCAGAGAGAAAAACAGGGAUAAGAAUGAGCGAAGGGUAAAAGGAAAAGGAGUCGAUAGGGUCAUUGGACGUAGAAAAGAAGAAAACUUUUUGUAA